UCAAUCAACUGGAGAGCGUCGCGUUACCUUGCCGGCCUCUCUCAGGGCCAGUACGCGUCUGACCACGCUGCCGAGAGCAUCCUUCCGUCAGAGUCGUCGCACGCACAGCGUCGGAGCGUUGCUUUACCGUGCCGGAUUUGCUUUACGGUGCCGCCGUCGCCGCCGCCGUCGCCGCCGCCGCCGCCGCCGCAGCGAGAUGCCGAAUUGCCCCAAGUGCGACAAGCCGGUGUACUUCGCCGAGAGGAAGACAUCCUUAGGCAAAGAUUGGCACGGUUCGUGUUUACGCUGCGAGAAAUGCAAUAAGACCCUAACACCCGGGAGUCAUGCCGAGCACGAAGGGAAGCCUUACUGCAAUCACCCUUGCUAUUCAGCCCUGUUCGGUCCAGGAGGUUUCGGACGCGGCGGUGCUGAGAGUUACGUCUACAAUAAGUGAAGUCCACUCGCGCGCAUUUUCCAGGCGACCGUGCGACCCCGAGGCGCGGCGGGAUUCCCGGUUGAUCACAGCCACGCACAUGUUAUGUUACAUAAUUAUAUAAUUAUAAUAUCUCAUAUAAUUGUGCUAAUAUAAAGGGCAGGAGACGAGCACGGCGUAUCUAUUUAUAUAUA